AUGAAAUUAUCUUGUAUCGCAAUUCUUCCACAAAUAUAUGAAAAUAAAAGAAAGCAAGUAUUAGAAAACAGAGAAAUCAUAAAUGCUCUCAUUGAAAUAACUUUGUUUCUUAGUCAACAUUCAUUGCCAUUUCGUGGCCAUCGUGAAAGUUGGGAUGAACGUAAUAAAGGAAAUUUUAAAGACCUAGUUAUACUAAUCAGAAAAUUUUCUCCAGAAUUAGCUGUAUAUAUAAAUCACUUGAAAACCAAAGGAAAGAGUGAAGUAAAUUAUAUAUCAUGGCGAAGACAAAAUCAGCUCAUAAGUUCUGUAGCCACUAUUUCAAUCGAUACAACUUUUGAUUCAUCAAAACGUGAGCAAUUAGCUUUCAUUGUACGUUAUGUUAGUUUCAAGGAAACAUCUCCUGUAAUAUGUGAAAGACUAUUAGCACUAAAAGAAUCAUCUUUAACUACAGGUCGUCAGCUUUUUUCAAUAUUUCAGGAUAUUUGCCUUGAAAAUGAAUUAGAUUGGAGAUCUUUACUUGUUGGUCAGAGUUACGAUGGCGCCAGCAAUAUGCGAGGACAAUAUGAAGGUUUACAAGCUUUCAUAAAAGAAGUAAAUCCGUCUGCAGUUUAUACGUGGUGCUAUGCUCACCGUCUAAACCUUGUAGUAGUUCAAGUUGCUAGUAGUUCUGCUGAUGCAGUAAAUAUGUUUGGUAAUGUAGAAGAACUGUAUAACUUAAUCUCAUCUAGUAAAAAAAGAAUAGCGUUCUACGAAAAUACACAGAAAGAAAACAGACCAGCUGAAAGAGUAAGGAGAUUAAAAAGAGUAAAUACAACUAGAUGGAUGUCAUAUUCCAAGGCCCUCCAGACAGUUCUAAACACUUUUGAUAUAAUCAUAGACACUUUGGAAAAUAUCAAGGUUACAGAAAUCCAGUUACAAAAAUUCUUCAAUCACCCGAUAUUGAUUUAUUAG